AUGUAUGAAUUAGGAGUUGUUGCUAAUGGGGGUGUAGCUAUUCCUUUCAGUAACCCUGUUAAUGAAGGUGAAAUACCUGUUGAUGGCCCUAUUGCCCCUGUGAAUGUUGAUGUCCCUAUUGCCCCUGUGAAUGCUCUUGAACCUGAUAAUCAAAUUGCAAUGUGUGAGAAUACACAUGUGCCAGGGUAUUAUGGUAUGGUAGGGAUGAUGUAA